AUGGUGUCCAAGACUAAAACCGUUAAACGUGCAGCCCCUAAGGAGCUUGCCAAGAGUCACAAGAAGGCCAAAAUUGCAGAAAAGCUCCCAUCUCCACCUACUGAGUCUGAAUCUGAGGACUUGGAAUCGUCAGGAAACGACAUCUCUGAUUCCUCAGAAGAUGAGCUAGACGAAAUGGACAAGGACAGCGAAGAUUCUGAAGACGAAUUGGACAACUUAGAUGAAGAAGAUGACAUAGAAGAAGAAGAAGACGAUGAUGAUGACAAUGAAGACGGCCCAGUGGAUCCUAAUAAGAAGUCUUCCAAGGAACAACACGCCGAACAACGUAAGUUGUUGGCUGAACGUAAAUUACAAAGAAAGUCUGGUAACGAAGUGCAGCAGAUCAAGAGUUUAUGGGAAAGACUUCGUGUGAACAAGCCUACACCUCCAAAGGAAGUCCGUGACAAGUUGUGUAAUGAGAUUUGGGAAUUAUCGAAGGAUGUUAUUCUCGAUUUGGUUAUGAAGCACGAUGCCUCUAGAGUUGUCCAAACCCUUGUCAAGUACUCUUCGAAAGAAAGAAGAGAUGCUGUGGUCAAUGCCUUGAAAGGUAACUACUAUACAUUGGCUACUUCUUCGUAUGGUAAAUAUCUCUUGGUCAAGCUUUUGCAUUAUGGGUCCAAGGAGGCAAGAGCUGUUAUUGUCAAUGAAUUGCAUGGAAAGUUGCGUAAGUUGAUGAGACACAAGGAAGGUGCCUAUGUAGUAGAAGAUUUAUUUGUGUUGUACUCUUCUGCCGAACAGAGACAGCAGAUGAUCAGAGAGUUCUGGGGUGCAGAGUAUGCCGUGUUCAAGGAGUCGGGCAAGGGAAAGACUGUUUUGGAAGUUACAAAAGAAUCCACCGAAAAGAAGCAGCUUAUUACCUCCAAUUUGAUCGGUACAAUCAAGGCAUCUGUAGAAAAGGGCUCUACCGGUUUCCAGAUCUUACAUGCUGCCAUGAGAGAAUACGUUUCUAUCUUGGAAGACGACAUUGAAGUCAACGACUCUGCCAUUAGAGACUUCAUCGACUUGUUAAACGAACAAUUUGCUGAAUUGGUACAUACACAAGAAGGUGCUGAUGUUGCUUCUACUUUGAUUGCUCUUGCCAACGCUAAGGAACGUAAGUUGAUCAUCAGAUCGUUGAAAUCUCACACUAACGAAUUAAUCAAGAACGAGUACGGUAACCUUGUGUUGAUCACCUUGUUCUCCACUGUAGACGAUACUGUGUUGCUUCACAAGUCGUUCAGUGCAGAGAUCUUUACUCCUGAAUUACUUCCAGAAUUGAUCAAGGAUAAGUUUUCCAGAAGACCACUCUUGUACUUAUUGAAGGGAUUGGAUGGAAAAUACUUCAACCCGCUCGUUCAGAAGCAGAUAAAGAAAUACGUAGAAUUAGCAUACAAGAAGACUUCCAAAAAACCACAGGAGCAAAGAAGAGCUGAAUUGCAAGUCAAGGCGUUGCCUUUACUCUAUACUGGUGUCUUAUCAACUGUAAACCACGAAAACCCAGACAAGACGAUCGAAAAAUUGUUGUCGGUGAAUAUUGCUGCUCAGUUUGUCACGGAGUUGAUCUUGACCAAUACUGAAAGCGAGGAGGUUAACACUAAAUUAAGAGGAGAAUUGGUAGAUGCCAUCUUCGACAGAACUGCCCAAGGUGACAUCUUGGAAGAUUUUCAUUUGGUCAACAAAGUUCCAUUCAUCUCGAGAACUUUAAAGGCUUUGAUCCAAGCCAACGAGUUCAAGUUCAACAACGAAUCCAAGAAGUUGGAAUCGGUCAAGGAAGCUGUAAAGAUUCCAGGCAUUGGAGCUGAGUUUGCUAGCAGAUUCGCUACCGAAGUGUUGGACUCUGGCAAACUUUUGGACUGGACCACUGGUCAAGGAGCCUUUGUCAUCGUAUCCGUGUUUGAGGUUUUACAAAUACUGAAGGACUCCAAAUUCAAGGACCUUUCCAAGGAAUUGAAGAAAAUCAAGAAGGACCUCUCUAAGAACAAGGACAACAAGGGUGCCCAAUUAUUGUUGGCUCUUCUCUGAUUUAAAUUGUAGUUUAAAUCAGAUUCGACGCUAUUGCAUUGCAUUUCUUACAUUCUUACAUUUCUAGUUCUACAUUCUUAUUCUAGAUCAUUUGUACAUUAAAUAGAUAUAAUUAAUAACAAUAGUUACAUGUCCA